UCGGCUAAUAGUUCUCCCGGUCCAACCGUCUGGUCUGAUUGGAAUCGCUGAAGUUCGUAAGAAAACGAGGAAGGAGGAAAAUAUGAAAUUACCAACUUUCAAAGUUUCAAUUUUCGAUUUGUAGACCGAGCUUCAAUUGUUCAUUUCUUCAAUUGCAAAUCUUUUACAGAGCGUUUCCAAUUUCUGGUGAUUUGGGAAUUGAGGACAAAAGGACAUUUGCUAUAUCAUCCAACCAUUUCUCUUCUUCUAUUUUCAGAGAAGUAAAUCGAUGAAGUGCAAAAGACUCCUAUCUGUUCCGGUUUUAUCAGUUCUUUUCUUGGUCGGUUUCAUUUAUUACACCACGGUUUUCGUUUUCAUCGAAGAUUGGUUGGGAUUGAAAAGUCCUGUUGGUAUCUUGAAUGCGUUGAUCUUCAGUUCUUUAGCUUUCAUGUGGCUCGUCUCCUUUGCUGCUUGUGUUCUCAUUGAUCCAGGGCAUGUUCCACCUACCUUUGUGCCCGAUGUUGAAGACGGUGAAGCCUCGGAUCAAGCUCUUAAGAAAAACGGUGUACGAUCAAGAUAUUGUGACAAGUGUUGCAUUUACAAGCCCCCCAGAGCUCAUCAUUGCCGGGUCUGCAGAAGUUGUAUUCUGAAGAUGGAUCAUCACUGUCUGUGGGUAAACAACUGUGUUGGCUAUUCAAAUUAUAAGGCCUUUGUCAACCUUGUCAUAUAUGCAGCCAUGGGCUGCAUCUAUUCCAUGGUCAUCAUUUUAAAUGCAGCGCUUAAAAAGGACUGGAAAUAUGGUGAAAGUUUUCCUCUCAAGAUUUUCUAUAUUACAUGCGGGUGUAUUAUAGUCACCUUAAGUUUGGUCCUUGGGACCCUCUUGGGUUGGCACAUCUACCUUCUAAGUAAUAAUAUGACAACCAUAGAGUAUCAUGAGGGAAUAAGAGCAAUUUGGUUAGCUAGGAAGUCAGGACAAAGCUAUCAUCAUCCCUACAACUUUGGCCUGUACAGAAACAUUAACUUGAUAUUGGGUCCAAAAAUGCUAAAGUGGUUUUGCCCCAUGGAAAUUAGCCAUCUCAAAGAUGGGAUUAGCUUUCGAACUGUGCGGGACAAUUUAUAGGAACUUUGCCUCCAGCCAGACUGGAUAAAUUGGAUGCUCAAUGAUGCUGAGAAUGAGUGUGUAAGAAACAUGUGUUUUGCUUGUUCAUUUUCUGGAUCUUAUGUGAAAACAAGCUUGAAUGGGCCAACUGAUGGUGAGUGAAAAUAGUCAUGAUUGUACCUUUUAAGAGAGGCCAGAAACUUCACCAUUCUUUCCUUUUCAAGAAGUUGCCUUUUGGCAGGGAUGUUUUGACACAAAAUAUGAAAGAUGAAGAACAAAUGUUGAGUCCUGUUGUUUAUGACAUGGUUUCAAUGUUUGUAAGAUGAGGGUCUUCUUGAAAAAAUGAUUUGUGGACAGGAAUAAUGUCUUGAAAAGAAAUGCAGUAGAACUCUUGUAAUCUGGAGUCAUGAAAUGUAAUUAAUGUGUAUUAUGUUCAUAAUAUAGCCAGUGUAUUU